CUAUUGUGAAGUGAAUUAUAAAAUGUCAUCAAAUAUGAUGAAUAAAAUGAUUUGGAGUAUGGUAUUAGUAGUGAUAUUAUAUGGUAAUUGGGAGAUAAAAAUAGUAAAGGGAGAGGUGAGUGAAUCAAUUUGUAGAGAAGAAAGGAGAAUUGGUAAAAAAGCAUGUAUGUCUGUAUUAGUUGGAAUGAAUCCAUCAGCAGAAUGCUGUGAAAGAGCUAGAGUUACUCAUGAGGAAUGUUUUUGCCCAAUUAUUACUCCCAAAUUGGCUGCCAUACUCAACCCUAAACGAAUUAUUCGCCUUAUUCAAGGCUGCGGACGCACCGUUCCUCGUAACUUCAAGUGCGGAAGUAUUACCACUCCACCUUAAUCUUGAGAUGCAUGUUUAAUUAAUUAUGGUAUUAGUAUGUACUAUGCUCUGCAUAAUUAUGGUAUUCAGUUAUUAACUAAGAGAAACAUGUUUGUACUUUUUUUUUUGGGUUACUAUGGACCAUUUGGAAUAAGUCCCUUUUUUGGAUGGUUAUUACGUGUUGAUUCAUAAUAUAUCAUGUUGUAUUA